GCGCAGGCGACCCGUGUGGUGCAGGACCUGGUGCCAUGGGUCGAGUACAAGCUGGCCGAAGCGCUGGUGAAGAUGGGCUUCUACGAUGAGGCGCCGGCGCUGGCUGAGCUUGAGCCGCUGUCGAUCAAGGACAGGGAUGUCGCUGGCGGGGGCGUUGCAUCCUUCAAGGAGAAGUGGUGCCCGCGCAACUGCGCCACAGCGGCCCGGGCCUCCGGCUUGUACGAGGCCGCUGGGAGCCUGUUUUGGGUGCCGGCGGGGGCGCGGGCGCAGGAGGUGCUGCCUGUGCAAGAUUGCACAUGGGCGCAGGUGGAGGAGUUGAAGCCUCUUUUUGAGGAGGCGCAGGAGCUGGCGCGGGUGGUGUUUCCGGCAACCUUGAGUGCCUGGGUGGAGGACAUUUCUGUCCUCUACCCGCCGGGCGCGGGCGAAGGCGACUGCAUGCCGAAGGCACUGACGCUGGUGGAAAAUCACGCGCUGGUGGUGGCGUGGUGGUUGGCGAUGUUCGAAGCCCUCAGGGCGGAGAACCAGGACCGCGUCCGACUUCUGUACGAGUGUGCACUGACAGUCACGAUCCGGCUGUAUGUGGGGACGAGCAAGCAGGCGCUGGCGCUGAUGCUCUGGCAGGCGACAGACAAGAAAAAGCAGGUGCUGGCGGUGGCGGAUGACAACGUCAUCACGUUUGCAAAAAAGUUCCAGAUCAUCGUGGAGAAUUGUGGGGUGAAAGGAAUCGGAAAGCAGCUGGAGCACUGGAAGGCGAUCGGCCUCAACUUCAUGGGGAAGCCGGUGUAUCGAAUGUUGCACUACGCUCUUCUGGCGAUUGCGCAGCUGUCAGACAAGGCGCAGGCGUUGUUGCAGGAGCUGGAAAGCAAGGCCGGGCGCGCGUUCUUGACGGAAGGCCACUCCAAGUUGCACAACGUGAUGCGACGCGCAGGCGCUGGCGCGGACAACUCAGAAGCCAUCGAUCCGGUGGAACAGCUGCUGCACCUCCUGCUUGUUGAGGUGGACGGCGAGAAACUGCAGGCGCAGGACGCGACCUCCGACUUCUUCGAGGGCGGCAGAGGCGCCGGCGCUGGCGUGGGCUGGGUGGCGAUGUCGCUUUGCAAGCUGGCGGUGUUGGGGAAGGUGUGCGGCGUGCUGAGCACCUCGGAGGAGGCGUGGGCGAGCAAUGCCUUGCAGCAGAUCAAUGAUUUGGGGAAGGCGAGGCAGGCGCUGGCGAAAGCAGCGGAGGCGGAGUCUGUGAAAGUCUCAGAGGACGGCCUCUGGUCUGCUGUGUUUUCCUCCAAGGACGCGGUCCCGCCAGGCUACGCGGCCGACUUCAUCGCCUACGUCAGCAACUUGUUGGGCGGCGGCUACGACGCGGACCUCAAAACCUUCAAUGACAAAGAGGACUUGGUCGCGCAACUCCUUGCAGGCGAAGGCGACAACCCCGUGCUGAAGGACUGGCGGGAGGCCCUGGACACCCUGGACAGAGGGGUUUCCGGCUUGAGCACCGGCGUGGUGGCGGUUGAUUCGAUCCAGGAGGACUCGCUGGCGUCGGCACCCUUGUCACUGCUGAUGCAAAAGUGCGCCGCCGGCGACGACCUGGAGGAGGUCAGGGAGACUACUCGCCGAGAGCGGGCGGAGGUGUUGGCAAAGGCGCGGGGGCUCAGAAAAGGCCUGUGCCAGUUGUUGGUGCUGCCACAGGCGUGCACCAAGGAGGCGUUGCAGUCGGCCUUGGCCCGUGCAGGUGCAGGCGGAGCUGGCAACUUCCACGGGAAGUUGAACGAGAAGCACCGCGGCUACUUUCUCAUGGCCGACCUGGAGCAUGAGGAGAAGCAGGGCUGGGCGCAGGUGUCAGAGAUGAGCGGCUCUGUCAAACAGCGGUUUUCGCAGAAGUGCGCCUUCUUGAAGGGGCUGGCAGGGUCGUGCGACUUCGUCUUCGUCGGCGAUGGGCGCUGUCGCGCGGCACGUGCGACGAUCGAAGAGGCGCUGGUGAAGGACCUGGACUACACGCAGUUCUUCGAGCUUUGGGUGAGCUUCGCAGGCCCAUGUGUGCGGGCGUCAACGCGGCAGGUGGUGGGCGGGCAGGUGAACAAGGAGAUCAUCUUCGUCAAGCUGCCGGCGCCGCGCGUACGCCUGGCCGCCGUG